AUUUCACUGCUUGGCUUGUGUGCGUUUCUUAAUUUUAAAUCUACUUGUUACAAUUAUUCGUAAUUAAAUUUCAUAAAACUAUUGUGUGGGAUGGAACAACCUAAUUAAAUAAAAAUGCAGUCCAUAGUGACUUAUGUCCGAAGUUUACUCGGUUGGUGUGACGACGAUCCCGCGGUGAAGACAAGCUUCAAAAGAGACAGACUCGAUGAUGAGUUUUCAUCUGAUGAUGAAGUUCCAGUACUGAAGCGACUUAAAAAACUACCCAAAACUACUUUUCCUGAAAUAUCGUCUAAAGAUAUUUGGAAUGACAUGAGUAGUAAAAAAGGUAAAAAUGUUAGGUAUGUUCCAAUUGAAGUUGAGGCUGGUCACCCGAGUACAUCAACUCCAAAUGAUGAACAAAUUAAGCUAGCUGGGCGAAGUAGGAUUAUUCCGAAUAAAUUCAUUAAUAUAACUAGAAACGGAACAGAAACCCCAUAUAGAAAACCAAGGGUUCAUUCUCCAAUAAGACCUGCUAUUCAUAAUGUUACUGAUGAGGAUGAUGAACCAGAGGUCACAUUGGUUGAAACAAAGCAACAUCCAAAGAAACCAUCAAAAAUUUUUAUAAAUGUAGAUGAGGAUGAUACAUUUAUAAAUGAUGUUGAGGAUGAAGAUGAUGAUGUCAUAUUUGUCAAAAGAGUACGCUCCCCUCCUCAACCUAAAUCUCAGAAGUUCUUUGUCUCCAAAAACAAUGAAGUUAUAGGUUCAUUAGAUGAGGAUGAUAAUCUAAGGUAUUAUAAACUAUGUCGAAAAUUAAAUGAUAGACACGCAAACUUGUCUCCUCGGACCUACAGCAAAUUUAAAGCUCCUCCGGGAAUCACCAAGACAUACAGAAAAGCUCCUACCCCCGUGGCAAAAUGGAUGCAACCAACAAAAACCAAUCUCUUGGGCUCAAGAACUGGGUUUAUGAAUUCGAACAAAACUAAAUCGGCUAUAUCGGAAGUAUUUAAUUUGAGUGAAAAGAAAAACUAUCAAGAUUUAAUUAGAAGAGUUGUCGGAACAGAGGCUACACAGGCUCCAUUUGGUAAACCACUCAGUAUUGCAAGCUUAGUCAAUGAUUCAGCUUCGUUCAGGCUGACACAAAGAUCACAAAGAAAUUCUUUAAAUGAACUUAAAUUACUCGAGAAAGGUAUAAUUGCAGAUAAAGAAAAUGAAUCUAACAGAGAAUAUGAUCCAAUUACUGUAGCUUCUAUUAAUUCAUCAGAUUCAGAAAUAGAAAUAAUACCAUCUGAUGCAUCCACUAGUUCAUCAGUUAAAAUUGAUCCAGUGAACUCCCUGCGAGAAUCUCUCAAGGAUAAGGCUGUAACAGCAGAUGACUGGCUCAAGAAACUAGACUCUCGUUACAAGAAAAAGAGACAAGAUCUUCAAGAGAAGUUGAAAGAUGCACGUCGGGAAUCUGAUAUAAUAUCAAAAGUAAAUUAUGAACAGAAGAUAGCACUUUUAGAAAAUAAAUUAAAGCAUGAAUUGAGCAUACCUGAGAGUCUCAUCGAAGAGGUUCAGCCCUCAGUAGAGCUACCUGCCCUGACUCCUGAACAAGAAAAACUAGUUAACAAAGUUCUAGGGCCAGGCCCUCCUAACCAGCUACUCAUUGAAAAAUUCAACUUGAGAAUACAUAGGCGAGAUAUACAGACCCUGGCAGGUCUGAACUGGCUCAAUGACGAAGUUAUCAAUUUCUACAUGAACUUACUGAUGCAGCGGUGUGAGCAACGUAAAGACAUUCCAAAAGUUUAUGCAACUAACACAUUCUUCUAUCCUAAACUUAUGCAAAGUGGUCAGCCAGGAUUAAGAAGAUGGACUAGGAAGGUGGAUAUAUUUUCUCAUGAUUUGAUGGUAGUACCGGUGCAUUUGGGUGUGCAUUGGUGUCUCAGCAUAAUUGAUUUCCGAAAAAAACAUAUAGCCUAUUUAGACAGUAUGGGCUCUCGUAAUCAAAAAUGCUUAGAUGCUUUACUGAAGUAUUUGAAAGAUGAACACCAAGAUAAGAAAGGGCAGCCAUUUGAUGAUAAGGGAUGGAAAACGGAAAAUCUUAAGGAUAUUCCUCAACAAAUGAAUGGCAGUGAUUGUGGCAUGUUUGCAUGCACCUUCGCCGAGUUUUCAUCCAGAAACGCACCCUACACUUUCACUCAAGCGAACAUGCCUUACCUACGUAGAAAAGCUGCACUAGAGAUUGUAACAGGUCGCUUACUUCUAUAAGACUGCGUGUUGCUUUUGUGAAGUGACUGGACAGUGGACUGACAUGGUGUUGUUAUUCGAAUCAAAUAAUAAUAAUUGGUGUAUAAAUAAAAACUCGUUAUAAUAAUAUUCUCUCUGAAUGUGUUUGUGUGAUAGAUCAGUUGAUCCAACAAUGUAUGAGUGAAAUGACAUUUCUCAUAGCAAUCUGAACAUUGAUAUUAAAACAUUGUUUUUCUACAUA